UUUUAGAAUACUCAUCAUGAAUGUUACAGUCGGUUUUGGUCUCUUUACAUAACCUUCAUGUGUUUCUUUUCCCACAGCCAUGAAUAAAGACGAAGGCACAGAGUUAAAAACUAUCCUAAAGCAAAACAAACGGGUGCAGCUGAUGCUGAAUGAUGAGGGCAGCAACACCACCCAAAGCAGCUCCAUCGGGGCUGUUCGCUGGAAGGUGACUGAUGAGAGCGUCCAGCCUCACAGCUCGGCCCCAACCGUUCACGCCAAGACAGGCACCAACAGGAACCCUCAGCAUCUUGCGCGCCAGGGCAACCUGAAGGAGCUGCGCAGUCUGCAGGAGUGUGUUGAAUUCAUCCACCACUGGAAGGAGCAAGUGGAUCAAGUGUGCAAGGGGGGCACAGAUACUGGAGAGGGAACCAGUAAGGCAGAGACCAAGAGCUCAGACCGACGCACCGAGCGCAGCCUGGAGGAGAGCCGAAAGCUGAUCCUAGAGUGGGCUGAUGAGCUUCGCCAUGUUGACAAGUUUCUAAUGGAGACACCAUGGAAAUCUGAUCAUCAAAAGAAAGAGGAGCCCAAAGAUGAGGGGCAAGUGAGGCUCAUGGAGUGGGCAAAGGAGCUGCAGAGGGCCACCGAGAGCUGCGGUGUGGAAAGUGAGGAGCUGGGUAAAGUGCUGCGCAUGCUGGGCGUCAAGAAGAAGCGUCUGUUCAAGCUGCUGCCCCUGCUGGAGUUCAUUACCUGGUCCCUGCUGAAGGAUGACAGCUCGACAAUGGUUUGCCAAAUCUGGCUGCUGGCGAAGCAGAGGACCUGGAAAGCAGGAAUACCCAGAUACAUCCCAAACACAGUUUGGAGCUGGAUCUGCAGCGCAGCUGCUGAUGUGUUGCUCGACCCAAUGACGAAUCACCCAUGGCUUCAGCUUUCAGACGACCAGCGGAGGGUCCAGGAGGGUCUAACAGAGUCCGACCCUCCCUACAGCUCCCAGCGCUUUGACAGCUGUCCCUGCGUUCUGGGCUCGGAGGGCUACAGCUACGGCCGCCACUACUGGGAGGUGGACAUCGCCAAUAAGGGCUACUGGCGUGUCGGCCUGACCACGGCCGACUCCAAGCGGAAGGGAAACUUCCCAAUGACCCCCAAAAAGGGAUACUGGGUAUUGUGGAGAAGCACAAACCAUUUUUAUGCCUGCACCAAGCCGGAGACGGAGCUACCCAUCAGCCUUCUCCCGCGGCGCCUCGGUGUGUACCUAGACUACGAAGAAGGCCAGGUCUCCUUCUACAACGUUGAAACCAAAUCCCACAUCUUCACAUUCACAGCAAACUUCAGGGAUAAGGUGUACCCUCUAUUCGCACCCAUGGACGGCCGCACCCUCAUCACUAUCAUCAAUCCAAAUGAAAUAUCAGAAAGCACGGAGAAGAGCACGGGCAAGGCUAGAAAGGUAGCAUUUAACGAUGGGAAUACGCUGUAAAGAAAGCCUUACCAAUCCCAGUCAAAAGCUUAGAAAAUCUUUUA